UUUCAGAAUAAAUUAUGUAAUUUAAUCCCAAGAUGCUUCAGUAUUACGAAGUUCCAUUGAAGUUUCGGUACCGUAUCCCUGAGGCUUACACCUAUCAUCAUCAUCCGCAGCAGCAGCAGCCAUGCGCUGGGGAACCCGUUUCAACGGGUACAGCCCCAGCAGCAUCGGCAUCAGCGUGAGCGUCGCGUAUGGUGAUGUUCGGGACUCUCUUACUACGCCGUAGGCCGAGCGUCACCACGUUGACAGUGAUCGGCAGGAGUUUCGAAGUUAUCGGUGCUGUGAUUGUGUUGUGUGGUCGCUUUGCUGACAAUGAGUUCUGCUGGCCCCCGCAUUAAAAAGAAGCGACGCCAGUUUACGCUCCAAGAAAAAGUGGACAUUUUGACGCAGCUGAAUGCUGGAAGAAAGCACAAGUGGACUUGUGCAGGGAGCGUGAUAUUCCCCCGUCAACAAUGGCAACGAUGCUUAAGGAUCGGGAAAAGAUCAUGAAAUUGCAUCGAGAGUCACAGCUGGCUACCUCAAGAAAACGCUUGUGGCUUGGAAACUACCAGAACGUCGACGACGCCGUCCUCACGUGGUUUAAGGAAUGCCAGACAAAACGAUGUGCCCUUGUCAGGCCCGAUUAUUCAAGAGAAGGCGCUACAGUUCCCGGCCGCUUUAGACAUCUCCGGUUUCGAUGGAAGUGCCGGAUGGCUUUACCGCUUCCGGCAAAGGAAUGGCAUUACGUGGCAAGUUGCUUGUGGCGAAGAAAAGGCAGCAGAUGCUGAGAGUGCGGUUGCCUGGCAGAACGAGCGCUUUCAAGAGAUUGUCGAGUCUCUCUCCAGACGACGUUUUCAACGGAGAUGAAACUGCGUUCUUUUAUCAGUUGUUGCCAGAUAAAACAAUGAACUUCAAGGGUGACAAGUGUAAGGGCGGAAAGAAAUCGCGUCUCCACGUAUCGGUUCUGUUCUGCUGCAACUCCACUGGCACGGAAAAACUCAAGCCGCUAGUUAUUGGCAAAUCUGCCAAGCCGCGCUGCUUGAAAAACGUCUCAUUGCCUAGCGACUACCGAGCCAACAAAAAAGCGGGGAUGACGCGAGAAUUGUUCACUCAGUGGCUGCUGCAGCUCGACGACACAAUGAAGAAGAAAGACAGAAAAAUUCUCAUCGUUGACAAUUGCUCGGCGCAUAUCGUGAACGUGCGAUUGAGCAAUGUAAAGCUUGAAUAUAUGCCCCCGAAUUGCACUUCUUUGCUCCAACCUUUGGACCAGGGCAUCAUCAGAUGUGUGAGGACCGAAUUUUGGAAGCGUCUUGUGCAGCGCCUCCUGAUCAAUAUUCGACUGAAGCUGCCCACACAGGUUAACAUACGUCAAGCUGCAGAAAUGCUGACAUGGUCGUGGUGGAACGUGAAGGCAGGCCUUUUAAAGGCUUCACCUACGCCACAAGACUGCGAGGACACACAGGAGCUCAACCAAGAACUUUGGGAUGAGCUUACCGAGAAGCUCCCCGUCGACACCGCGGUGACCUUCGAUGAUUACAUUGACAGCGACAGCGUGGCGGCUACAUCCGCUGGAGCUCACCAACGAAGACAUUGUGAAUAGAGUGCUAGAGCAAGAAGAUUGUAGUAGUGACGAAGACGAUGCUGACACUGAAUCAACACACAAAGAGGAACAAAGUGUUUCCAGCUCGGAUGUUUUAGUUUUUCUAGAAAGGACGCGAUCACCUCGGGCGCUGUAAAGAUGUCCCAGAUGACGUUCAGAGGAAGGUCGAGCAUGUGGAGGCGUUCGUCCUGCAGCGCUUGCUGUCUACUCGGCAGAAGAAGAUUACAGACUUCUUCAAGCAAUAAAUUGUAGUUAAACUGUG